AACAUGACGACAAUCAUGAUGGCUCUCUACCUCACCUUCAACCUCAUCUUCUUGGGCUUCGUCUCGGCCCAAAAUCCAGUGGCCGAACCUUUGGUGUGUCCUCUUACGGCGACCGAACUCAGUUCUUGGUCAGAUUACUUGACGAAAACACUGCUACUCUCACCGGCCCAAAUGUGGCCACCUGUUGCAAUGUCUUAGCUGGGGUUGGUGUUCCUAAUGCGCCUGAAUGUGCCUGUGAGGCCGCUAGAAACUCCAUUCUCGGCGGAAUCGGACUAGGUCCCACGUUCAACACUGAUAGAGCGACUACGCUUCUCAGCAGCUGCACUGUAUCACAGCUACCAGUCGGUGGUGUCACCUGCAGCUUAUAA